GUUUGGUACAUCUUGAUUCCUAUCAUUCAUUAGCCAUAGGCAUAGGCGCAUCACCCAACCCUACACCUCUGUAUAGAGUCAAUGACAUAUGAGUGAAGGCAAUUAUGUUCCUUUACCUAUGAAGGUGUCUAGUUUUCAGGAAAUUUUGUAUGGAAUGGAAGCAAGUUGUUUGACAAAAUGCCUCAAAGAAGACAACCUGCUCUACUGCUCUAAAUCUUUUCAUUCUUCUCUUUGGGCCGUGCAAUAGAGAAACUAGGUAGAAGCUUAGUGUUCUUCUAUGCAACCAAUGCGUACCAGAAAAACCGAUGAAGCCUCCUCUUCAUCCUCAUCAUGCUCUUCCUCAAAACGUUGGAGGUACGACGUGUUCAUAAGCUUUAGAGGCGAAGACACACGCAAAAACUUCACAGGCCACCUCUACGUGGCACUAAAAGAGGCUGGAAUCAACACGUUUAUUGAUGAUGAUGAGUUAAGAAGAGGGGAAGAUAUAGGAGCCGAACUUGUGCGGGCAAUCCAAGGGUCUAGGAUCUCUGUCAUCAUCUUCUCCAGCCGGUAUGCGGAUUCUGGAUGGUGUCUUGAGGAGCUGGUUAAGAUCAUGGAGUGUAAAAGAACACUUGGGCAAAUAGUUUUGCCAAUAUUCUAUGAUGUUGAUCCCUCAGAUGUCAGGAAACAGACUGGUAGUUUUGCACAAUCAUUUCAUAAACACAGAGAUACAGAUCAUAAUAAGGUACAGAGGUGGAGAGCUGCUCUUCAUGAAGCUGCAAAUUUAUCUGGCUGGGAUCUUAGAAACACUCUGGAUGGGCAUGAAGCAAAUUUUAUAAGGAAUAUCAUUAAGGAGAUCACUAGACGAUUUAACAACACCUACUUACAUGUAGCCCCUUACCAAGUUGGAAUAGAUUUUCGCGUGCAAGCUAUCAGUGAAUGUUUGGGCGUUGGAUUCGAUGAUGUUCGCAUAAUAGGAAUUUCCGGUAUGGGCGGAAUGGGUAAAACAACAGUUGCAAAAGCCAUAUAUAACGAAUUUUACGAUAGGUUUGAUGGUAAAAGUUUCCUUGAAAGGGUGAGGGAAAAGCAACUGGUUGGCCUGCAAAAACAACUUCUUUUUGAUAUCUUGAAACCAACCAAGAUAAAGGUAAGUAGUGUUGCUGAAGGGAUCAAUGUGAUAGGAAAAAGGCUUGGAAGCUUAAAGGUACUUCUCAUAGUUGACGAUAUAGAUAGUGUGGAGCAGCUAGAUGCUUUAGCUAUAAAACAUGACACCUUUGGUCAAGGGAGUAGAAUUAUUAUAACAACAAGAGAUGAACAUUUGCUCAAUACACUUGAAGUUGACCAGAUAUAUCGAGUGCAACCAAUGGAAGAAGAAGAAGCUCUUGAGCUACUUAGCUGGCAUGCCUUUAAAAAUGGUUCUCCUAAUCAAGGAUAUUUCAAGCUCGCAAGAGAAGUUGUUGAUUACUGUGGAGGAUUGCCACUGGCUCUUCAAGUUUUAGGUUGUUUUUUGGGUACAAGAAGCAUAGGAGAAUGGGAAAGUACAUUGGGUAAAUUGAAAAAAAUUCCUUGUCAUGAAAUUCAUAAUCAGCUCAAAAUAAGCUAUGAUGGGCUAAGUGAUGACUACGAGAGGGAUAUAUUCCGUGAUAUAGCUUGUUUCUUUAUUGGAAUGGACAAGAACUAUGUCACACAAAUAUUGGAUGGUUGUGGCUUUUUUGCGGAAAUAGGAAUCAAGGUCCUGCUUGAACGUUGCCUUGUAUUCGUUGAUGAAAAAAACAAGUUGAUGAUGCAUGAUUUGCUUCGAGACAUGGGCAGAGAAAUCGAGCGUGCAGAGUCUCCUAAGUAUCCUGGAAAACGGAGGAGAUUGUGGCAUCCUGAAGAUGUAAAAUCAGUAUUGAUAAACAAAUCUGGAACUGAAGAAAUUGAAGGACUUGCUUUAAAUUUGCCAAGUACUGAAGAGACUAGUUUCAGUACAGAAGCAUUUACAAAUAUGAAGCGACUGAGAUUGCUCAAACUCAACUACGUGCAGCUCACUGGAGAAUACAAAUAUCUUUCCAAAAAUUUGAGAUGGCUCUGCUGGUAUGGAUUUCCUCUAGAGUUCAUACCAAAGGACUUGUGUCAGACAAACAUAGUUGCUAUUGACAUGCAAUAUACUAGCCUCAGACAAGUUCUUUGUACGGAUUCGGAGCUGCUUGAGAAGUUGAAGAUUCUAAAUCUCAGUCAUUCUCAUUACUUAACACAAUCACCAGACUUUUCAAAACUCCCAAAUCUUGAGAACUUGAUACUCAAAGAUUGUAAGAGUUUGUCCAAGGUUCACAAGUCCAUUGGGGAUCUCAAAAAUCUUACUUUGGUAAAUUUGAAAGACUGCCAAAUGCUUAAGGGUCUCCCAAAGAGUUUCUAUAAGUUGAAAUCUGUUAGAACUAUUGUUCUUAAUGGUUGUUCACGAUUUGAAAUCUUGGAUGAGAAGUUAGGGAAGCUGGUAUCAUUGACAACUUUUCUUGCAGAUAAGACAGCUAUAACAAGCGUACCAUCUUCCAUAGUACGUCUGAAGAAGCUUGAACAAUUGUCUCUAUGUGAACUGAAACGUUCUUUGCAGCUACCUCCUUCGUUACGGGGUUUGUGCUCUUUAACGCAUUUAUCUCUUAGCAACUGCAAUUUAAAUGCACUUCCUAAGGAUCUUGGGAGUAUAUUCUCAUUAAAAAGAUUAUAUCUAUCUCAAAAUAGUUUUCAGAGCCUUCCAAACCUCAGUGGCCUUUCCAACCUUACAACGCUAUCAUUGGAUGACUGUAAUUUAACGGAUGAUGCAAUUGAUUCUAUGAAUCUUGGGAGUCUAUCUUCUUUGUGCAACUUAGGCCUUCGAUACAAUCAUUUUCAUACCCUUCCAAGCCUGAGUGGCCUUGCCAAGCUUGAAAAUUUGUAUUUGGAUCAUUGCACAAACCUUCGUGAAAUCAAAGAUUUACCAACAGGUAUGGAAAACCUAUUCGCCAGUCAUUGCACUGCAUUGGAAAGAAUCCCAAAAUUUUCAGAAAUGCCACUGGAAAAUGUGGAAAUAGACGAUUCCCCCAAACUCAUUGAGUUUCCAGGCUUAGAUAGGGCGUUAAACUUGGGCAUGUCAUUAUCAAUGAAAAGGCGCAAUAAUAUCAGUGAUAUCCUGCUUGAGGAGAGCAUGCUACAGGGAUGGAAUGGACCUACUCAACUUAUUCUAGGUGGAAGUGAUAUUCCCCAGUGGUUCAAGCAUGUUGGGGAAGGUGGCCAAGUCCAUUUUGAAGUGCCUCUUGGUUGUAGUUUAACAUCGUUGGCUAUAUGCAUGGUUUAUUGUUCUUGUGAUGCCAAGUUAACUACUGCUUCUUUUUGUGUUAUUAAUCAUACCAAGUGUGCUAGUUUCGUAGCCAAAAUAAACUUCUUAGUAGCUUCCAGUGAAGAUUUUCUUUGGCUUGGACAUUUAUCAAACUAUGAGUUGAAUUUGGAAGGGGGCGACUCCGUGGAUGUUCUUGCAGAAAUUCCAGGUUUCUGGGUGAAGAAAAUAGGGAUCCGUCUAGUCAAUGACAAAUUUAUCAAUGAAAAGGAUUCGUUUGAUAUAUGUUAUUCCAUCCCAUACUUGAGUCCCCAAAGAAGAUUUUCUGUCGAUGUUGAUGAUGACGACGACAAUAAGGACGAUGAGGACAAUGAGAGUGAUGAUGAUGAUGACGAUGAGGACGAGGAUGAGGAUGAGGAUAAGGAUGACAACAACGACGACGACGACAACGACGACGACGACGACGACGAUGAUGAUGACCAAGACAGCGCACCUCCAAAAAAUAAGGAUUGA